AUGGAGUCUGAAAAUGUUCAGAUAACAGUGUCUUCAACCACUCAAAAUAAUAAUUUAAAUAAUAAUAAUAAUGAUUUAAAUAAUAAUGAUUUAAAUAAAAAUAAUUUAAAUAAUAAUGAUUUAAAUAAAAAUAAUAAUAACAAUAAUAAUAAUAAUAAUAAUAAUAAUAAUAAUAAUAAUAAUAAUAAUAAUAAUAAUAAUAAUAAUAAUAAUAAAAAUAAUAAUAAUAAUAAUAAUAAUAAUAAAAAUAAUAAUAAUAAAAAUAAUAAUAAUGAACAACUUGUAGUAAAAGGAAAUAGUGAUAUAUAUAAAAGAAUAAACUUUUUAUACCAAGCAUCAACAUUAUUAAAAACACAUAAUGAUAAUAAUUCACUCUCAAGUUUUUAUAAUAGUUCAAUGAAAAGAAUGGCACAAAAACAAGUAAUUCGUAUUAAUCCAACAAUAAAAAGAACCAUUUGUAAAAAGUGUUGUUCACUUUUAAUACCUGGUGAUUCUUCAACCGUUAGAAUUGAAGAAUCUCGCUAUUCACAUGUUGUAACUACAUGUAAUAAUUGUAAAAAAGUAAAAAGAUUUGAUAAUACACUCAAGGUUGAAAAGAAACGCCAAUUAAAAAAAGAUAAAAAAAAGGCUAAACUCGAAAAAAAACAACAAAAAUUGGCUGACAAAUCAAAUUAG